AUGUCUGUCACUACGACAAUUCGUAAAAGUGGAAGACUUGCUUCCAAAACGGCAAUACCCUACAAGGAAAAGAAGAUCCCCAAACUAUCAAAAACUCGAAUCUCCAAGAAAGUCGUAGUUCAAAAGAGCCAGACAGUAUCAAGCAUUACCAAGAUCAAUGAAAAGACUCAAAAGAUCAAGGUAGGCAAGAUCAAGGUUGAGAAAAAAGCAAAGAUUCCCGCAUUUUCAAAUGCUCCAUCUGCUUCCUACGUUCUCUCAGAUGGAGAUCAUUUGGAAAAGGCCAUUGCGCAUUUCAAACAGCAUGAUCCCAAAUUAGCCUCUUACCUGAAUGAGGACACAGUAGAAAAUUUCAGGAAACGGAUUGCCAGAAAGCGCGGAGUGGAUCCUUUCCGAACGCUUGCAGGCGGCAUCAUCUAUCAACAAAUACACGGAAAAGCCGCUGCUUCUAUCGAAGCUCGGUUCAUCAAGCUUUUUGAUACCUCAGAUACCCCAAAGUACCCUUCUCCAGAUGAUGUUUUGUCAAAAUCAAUUGAGGAAUUGAAGAGCGCUGGCUUGUCUGCUAGAAAGGCCGAGUAUAUACAAUGUCUUGCCCAAAAGUUCAAUGACAAGACAAUUACCCCUGAAAAUUUCGUCAAUAUGACUGAUGAAGAAAUUGGCGAGCAAUUGAUUAAAGUCAAAGGCAUUGGCCAGUGGACCGUUGACAUGUUUCUCAUGCAAGAGCUGGGACAUUCGGACAUCAUGCCUUUAGGAGACUUGGGUGUUCGUAAAGGUGUCGCUCAACAUUUUAACCUUGCUAUGCCGUCUGACAAAAAAAAGGUCUUUCCGUUGCCUCAUCAUAUGGUUGAACUGACGGAUAUCUGGAGACCCUAUAGGACAUUGGGCUCCUGGCUCAUGUGGAGGCUUUUGGAUAUCAAGGUUACUGGAGAUACGAUCGAGGAAGAAGGUGCUUAG